GUAGAAAUCAACUGUAUACUGGUUUAUUUGAUUCCUUUUAUCCUCUAAGAUGCAUCUCUGCAGCGUGUGCGCCGAACACACACCUAAAUACAGAUGUCCGGCCUGCAAAAUCAGAUAUUGUUCACUUGGCUGCUACAAGAGGCACAAAGACACUUGCCUUCCUGCUCAACAGCUCCCACCCACUGCUGAAGCUUCUGAAGUGAAGCCUGCUUUAAACGCUGAGCCGUGGAGUGUUGAAGAUCUUCUGCAUGAGGAUGACGUCACUGACAAGGUGCCUCUGCAGAGACUCCAGCUGUUAGGUCAAUCAAAAGAGCUCAGAGAUCUUCUUUGCAACCCACAUCUGAGGCAGUUAUUACAGUCCAUUGACAGCUCAGACACGAGAGACAAUGCGAUGAGGGCUGCCAUGCAGGAGCCUCUGUUUGGCGAGUUUUCAGAUCAGUGUUUGAAAAUUGUAGAAAAUCAAGCACAAUCAGUGACAAAUGGUGAUUUGUAAAACAGGUUUUUUUUGUGUUGGGGCGUUAUAUUUUUAAAUAUAAAAUGUCUUGGAAUAGGCCACAUUGUGCCUCACCUAUUGUGUAAUUACUGUAAUUUUUGUUGAUUUAA